AUGACGAAGACAUUGACCAUCAAUCAAGUCCAGCCGCGCAUUAGAGGAUGGACAGUCGUCAUACAAGUCAUUGAACGAUGUCAUAUCCUUGUAAGCCAAAAAGACACAUCCGUCUCUUACCGCAGGUUCCUUUUCAGUGAUGCUGAGGGCACUAAUGUUUCAGCUGUUGUUUAUAACAAUAACAUAAGGACCGGUGAUAAUCUCUCGAUCACGUACAAGAUAUAUCGUGUCUCUGGUGCCACUCUGAAGAAAGUUGAGGAAAAAUAUAGGGUAGGACAAUAUGACUUUUCCUGGACCAUCAACAACAAUACCCUCAUUCAGCCUUGUGAUGACGUUGUCCCAACCCACCUCUAUUGCCAUAUGGACACCGAAAGAUUUGCAAACUUGCAUCACUAUGCAGACUCUGAAAACUUACAGAGAAUCUCGCUCUCCACCAAAUCAACAAGUGCAAUUCUCAUAAAUCCACCGACACCCGAGGCAAAUGAGCUGAAGCAGUGGUUGGAGAUUGACAAUCUCGUUACAGCCAAAGCAUUCACAGACCCUGCUGCAUUGCUUCCAAGGCCACCUGCUGAAAACAUCAUGAGUAUCGAAACUUACUUGAAUCUUGCUAACAAUUCACUUUGGUUUGCCGCUUGCUCAAACUGCCAAAACAAAUUCCACCUUGAAGUGGGUUCUGAUAUGAGGUGCAGCUCGUGCAACCAACAGAGCCAAAUUGUAGCAAGGGCAAGAAUUCCAAUCUACAUUGAAGAUGAGACAGACACAAUUGCAGCAGUUGUGUAUGGGGAUGAUGCUGAAGAGCUAGCUGGGAGUACUGGUGCUGAAUUGAAAGAUACUGAAGAAGAGGUGUAG